AUGACCUUAAUCUUAAAAUAUUAUCUUAUAAGUAAUCUAUUUAGAUAUAUUAGAAAACGUGAAGUGAAUAUAUUAGCUCCAAAAGAAAGCGGCGCUAACGACGAGGAAGUCAUAUCGAUGUAUCCAAAUUUUGAUGAUGAAGAGGAUGACGAAUCGAAUAAUGACGAUGACAGCGAUUGCCAAUCCGAUAUUGGCUACACAACGGAAGAAGAGUACGUACAUAGCUGCUAUGAUGAUGAUGAUAAUGAUAAUGAUAAUGUCGAUAAUGAUGAUGAAGCGGUUGAUGAUAAUGAUAAUUAA